AUGUCUUCGGACAGCGAGCAGGAGGAGGCUCCGCGCGCCAAGCGGCCGCGAACGCACGUCUUCAAAACCCUCACACAGCAAAUUCAGGAGAUCGAGGUCACAGUGUUCCUGAGCCAGGAGUACUCCCGCACCGACCCCCUGCCCGGCUUCUCCUCCUUCUUCCAAGAGAAUAUCACCAAGUGGCGGGAGCUGAAUGCCGCCGAGGAUUUUGUGCAGGCGGCCACCGCCCUCACCCACCUGACGCAGACGCUGCCCCAGCUUCUGCACAAUGUCGAGCCGAUCCUGGACAUCCUGCUCGGCCGUCUGCACAUCACUGCCGAACUGUCCCUGGAGCCGCUGUUCGUCUUGAUAUCCACGCUGGCCAGGGACCUAGGGGUCGAAUUUGAGCCCCACUUUCCCCGCGUCAUGGCCGCCUACGCAGCCCUGGUCGCGGAGGGCCUGGACAGGAAACCAGAGUCGCUGCAGCACCUGUUCUCCUCCCUCAGCGCCAUCCUCAAGUUCCUGUCCAAGCAGCUGAUCAAGAAGUUCCCAGCCGUCCUCUCCGCCACUGCCCCCCUGCGCUACCACGCCGCGCCCCACGUGCGCCGCCUGGCCGCCGCCGCGCUCGCUUUCCUCCUGCGCCAGAUGCACGCGCAGCGCCGGCUGGGCGCGCUGACCGCCGCCGUGCGCCUGGUCCUGCGCCAGGCCACCGCGUCGGGGAGCGAGGCGCGACUGCAGGCCGGCGCCGCCCUGCUCUUCCACGCGGCGCGGGGCCUGGGCCACGACCUGAACAGCCACGCGCCGGAGGUCCUGCUGCGCGCUCUGCGUGGGCUGGAGACCGGCGACGCCGACCCCGGGCGCGUGAGGGGGCCGAGUGGCGAGCAGGAGGCCGCCGGCCUGGCGGGGGAUGAGUCCGUGGCAGCCGAGGGUCUCCAGCCCGAUAAGGGUGACGGGGACCCCCUCGACCGCACUGAGUCAACCACGUCCCCGGCGGCGCAGCGCACGCUGCGCCACGCCGCGGUGGUCGCCGCCCUGCUGGACCUGCUCCUGGAGCAUGUGCGACGGGAUAGCGCGGCGCAGCUCUGGGCCGCGCUGCACUACGAGGCGCUGCUGCGCCUGGAGGCCGCACAGGCGGCGCCCGGGGACGACCUGGCCGCGCUGCGCGCCGCCGCAUCCCUGGGUCACGUCGCCCAGGCCCUUGCCUUCCACGGGGGGUCCCGCGUCGGCGACUACGGGCCCUCCCUGGACCUCAUGGCGCGCGCGCUGGGCAUCUCCGCCCUGCUGGAAAGCGAGGCGGGGCGGGGGGCGGCCCUGCGUCUCGCCGCCGCCCUCGUCGCAGGCCACAGCCAGGCGGCCGGGGCCUCAUCGGGGCCCGUGGCCUACGCGGGCAUGGCCUCCCAGUGGGCGGGCCUGGUGGGGAGUGUGGACGAUGCCUCCCUGCUGACAUUCUGGGACGGCAUUUUGAACAGCCCGGCGCCCAGCGAGGUCGCUCGGGCCUUUGGGCCGCUCAUCGUGUCCCACCUCCUGCCGCUCAUGCAGCCCGGUAGCCCCAUGCACGACGAAGCCUGGGCUGUUGCAGUAAACCUCUGCUCGAGGCUGGAGGAGGCCGAGGACCAUGCCCCUGCCGCCCCUUUGGCAGAGCCUGUGCUCGCCGCCCUGGCGCGCCAAGAGCUGCGCUUCUUGGUGGCGGCGGCGCUGCGCGCCGUUUCAGAGCUGGGCCAGGAUCCGGCGGCGCUGGACGCCAACGCCGGCGCGGCGCUGGACCUGCUCCGCGCUUUCCCGGGCGACCCGGGCGAGUGGCGGGCCGGGCUGCGUGAGUGGCUGGCCCUGCUGGGCACGCUGCGCGGCAUCCGCGGCCUGCACCGCGCCGACGACCUGCUGCAGGGCAUCGUGGUGCACGUCCGCGACUCCGACCCCGCAGUCCAGCAGGCGGCGCUGCUCUGCCUCAAGGCGUACAAGCCAGUGGCCCUGGUCCCCUACAUCGAUCGCCUGGCCGGGCUGACCAACUCCAGGCGCCUGAGGACAGACCUGCUCAAAUUUCCACUGGCAGGAGGGACCAGGAGCGCCCGUCAGGACGACGACGAGAUCCCGCUGCUGCCGGAGCACCGCCUGGAGGUGGUGCCCAUGCUCACCACCCUGCUGUUCCCCCACAUGCAGAAGCGCAGUGGAGGGAAGGCGCCACAACGUGGCGCCAUCAUCACCUACUUCUCUGGGGGCCAGCCGGAGGAGCUGGCGCCGCUCCUGGCGCUGUUCCUGGAGCCGCUCGCCCCAACCUUUGCGGCCCUCCCUCACCAGCCGCCGCCGUCUGGCCACACGCCCCUGGCACCCCUGCCAGCCUGGACAUGGGCCCUGGGCCGCACGCCUGGCGCCACCUGGCUCCAGUCGCUGGAUGUGGCCGCCCUGGCCCGGCAGCCCAUCAGCCGGCGCCUGGGCGUGCUCAACACCCUCAGCGACCUCCUGACGCGGCUUAAGUACCAGCUCAAGGAGGGCAGGGGUGCGCGCACGCUGCGAACCCAGGGCAUGCGCCUGCUGGCCGAGAUGAUCGAGCUGAGCGAGGCCGGGCCGGGGGGCCUGGCCUUCCUCUGGCCUCGCCUGAUGGCGGCGGCGGAGGGCUGGCUGCCGCGCCUGGUGCCGGAGGCAGCGGGGCAGGAGCCGCCCGCGCUGAUGGAACUGGCUGCGGUUCUGGCUCAGCGUCCCGACCUGGCCGCCCUGCUCGCCGACGCCGAGUGGAGGGCGGAGGGGCCGGGGCUGGAGGCGGCGCCGGCCGUGGACGCCGAGGACCCUGAUGACCACACUGUUGCCGGCAAGCAUCACCCUCGGCAGAACUCCUACGUGCUGACCCCAAGGCCCGAGGCCUGGGCGGCAGACGCCCACGUCGGCUCGCGCCUGCUGGAGCAGGCCCUGGCCGCGCGGGCGCUGGACCUGCUGGUGGUGGUGGGGCAGGAGGCCGCGACCCCGGCGCUGGCCUGCCAGCUCACCGCCGCGCUGCUGCCCAUGCUGGCGGCGCCCGGCGGGAAGCUGACCGAGGCGCAGCUGAGGCUGGUGGUCCGCGCACUGGCCGUGCUGGCCGCGCUCUGGCGGCGCUGCGCCGUGACAGCGGACGCCGGGGCCUCGGCUGCCGCGCCAACCGUCGCAGAGGGCUCCGACUUACUACGCCGCCUGGCCUCGCUGGACCCCGCGGGCGUGGACGACCCCGACUACGACCGCCGCCUGGCCGCCUUCCUGAGCCUCAAGGCCCGCGUCUGGCGCGAGCUGGCGGAGGGCGAAGGUGUCGACGCCGUGCCGGCCUCGCUUGUGCUGCACCGCGCGGCAUCGGACCUGCGCAAUGCCGCCGACCUGGGCCUGCGCACCGCCGCGGCCGAGUGUCUGGACCAGUUCCUCAUCGCCGUGGUCGAGGUGGCGGGUGGCGAUGCAACCGCCGAGGACACCGCUGGCGCCAAGGACACCUGCAGAAAUGCUGACGGCACGGCCAUCCCAUCCAUCCUCGCACCGCCAGGAUCAACCUCGCCGCACCCGCUGGUGCUGGCCGCGCAGCGCGUGCUCUUCCCCUCCUUGAAGCGGGGGUUGACGGCCGUGUCGCAGGCGGUGCGGUCGGAGCACCUGGCGCUGAUGCGCACGCUGGCGCUGGCGCUGCCACGCCAGUACCCGGGCCUGGCCGCGCUGGCCAGCCGGGAGGACCCGGAGGUCGACUUCUGGCUCAAUGCCGCGCACAUCCAGCUGCACCGGCGCGCGCGGGGGCUGGCGCGCCUGGCGCGCCCGCUGCGCGAACCCGACGCGCUGUGCACGCUGGGCCUGGGCGUCAUGCUGGGCGUGCUGGCGCCCCUCCUCCAGGCGAUGGUCGUGGAGGGCGGCGGCUCGGGCACGGCCAUCAUGCUGGCCGCGGGCGGGCACGAGCCCAAGGCGGGCGACGUGGCGGUCACCGCCAACGUGACCGACGCGGCGGUUGGCGCGCUGGGCGCGCUGGGCGCGGCCCUGCCCUGGACCGCGUACUCGCAGGUGCUGGGGCAGGCGCUGCGCGCGCUGCGCCUCCACGCCGACGGCCCGGCCGCCAAGCCCGUGGUGCGCGCCGUCUGCUGCCUGCUGGACAACUUCCACUUCCUGGGUGGGGAGGAGGACGGGGGGGAAGCAAGCGACAUGGAGGCCAUCCACCGCUACCUGGUCAAGCAAGUCAUCCCCGACCUGCGCAAGCACCUGGUGGUCAACUCCGAGACGGUGCGGGCCCCGGUGGCGCUGGCGGUGGUCAAGGUUCUGCGCCUGCUGCCGGAGGACGCGGCGCGCGCCGAGUUGCCGCGCGUGCUGCAGAGUGUGGCAAACCUGCUGUCCAAACCGCUGCAGCGCAUCCGCGACGACGCGCGCGCUGUGCUGGUCUCCAUGGCGGUGGAGCUGGGGCCCGCCUACCUCCCCUUUGUCAUCGACGUCAUCAUGGGGGCCUGCCCGCUGCGAGGAUUUGUGGCGCACGUCCGCGGCUACACCAUCCAUGCGGUGGCGGACAUGUGGGGCGAGCUGGUGGAUGCGCGCGAGGCCACCCACUUCUCGGGCGCGUACAAGGAGGCAAAGCGCUGCCGCGCGCAGGAGCUGUACGCGCUGAUGUGGCGCCUGGCCGGCUUUGAAACCCAUGCGGGGGAGCUGCUGGCGCUGGUACACCAGCACCUGGACGACGCCGGCGGCGCCAAGGGCCGCGCUCGCAUCUCCAGCCUGCUGGCGGCGUUGGUCCGGGGCGCGCUGGCUAAUGCCGGCGCCGACGCGCGCGCUCUCAUCGUGGAGGCGGCGCUGGGCGUGCUGGCGGGCGCGCUGCGCCGGGGUAAGGUGGCGGUGCGCUCGCGCGAGACGGCGCCGCUGCUGGACCCACUGCUGCCGCUGCUGGUGCGCGCGCUGCGCAGCCGGCACACGCCCAGUGUCUCGCUGGCGCUGGCCACGCUGGGCCUGCUGCUGCAGAGCGCGCUGCCAGGCAUGGAGGCCGCGGUCCCGACCGCGUAUGAGGAGGUGACCCGACUGCUGAACGGCUGCCCCGGGACCGACACCCCCCUGGCCCAGGAGUGCUUCCGGCUGCUGGCGGGCCUGCUGCGCGCCAGCUCCACCUUCCAGCCGCCACGCGCCGACCUGCAGCUGCUGCUGGGCACCCGCCUGGGCGACCUGGAGGACAGCGUGGGCGGCGCCACCUUCGGCCUGCUCAAGGCCGUGCUGGCGCGGCGCCUGGUGGUGCCCCAGGUCUACGACGCCAUGCACCGCCUGGAGCGGCUGAUGGUGCGCAGCCAGGGCGCGUCGGUACGCGAGGCCAGCGCUGCCUGCCUCCUGCAGUACCUCCUGGACUACCCGCUCGCGGCGCUGGACAUGAUCUGCACGGUGCUGAAGAAGUUCCCGGACGAGGUGGUUGUGCGCUGGGCUGACACCGCCCUCCUCCCCCUGGUCACGCGCCUCGUUUCCGAUGCCUCCAGCGCCUGCCGCGGCAGGGCCGGCGCGGCGCUGCUGACGCUGCUCCAGCGCGCGGGCCCCGCCCUCCGCGCCACGGCUGCCGAUUUCUGCCUGCAGUGGCUGACCGGGGAGGACGGGAGGCUGACGCGUGCGGCGCUGCAGCUGGCGGGCGUGCUGGUCGAGGCCGAUGCCGAGGCGGCCGCCGGCCGGGUGCCGGCCCUGCUACCGGUGGUGGGCCGCUUGGUGGCAGCGGGGGACGGCAAGGGCGCGGAGGGCUGGCAGGAAGCCUACCACGCCCUCCUCCUCCUGGAGAAGGUGCACGCAAAGCUGCCGGCUGCGCUGCAGCCUGGCGCCUCACCCGCCGCGGCCGAGAGCUGGGCCGCCGCAGUCGGCGCGCUGGAGCACCCCCACUUGUGGGUGCGCCGCGCCGCGGGGCGCCUGAUCCUGGCCGGCCUGGCCGCCCCCGGCGUUAGGCCCGCCCUGCUCCCCAGCCCAGGGUCCGCGGGGGCCCUGGGCCGCGCUUUCCUCGCGCAGCUGGACGGCGAGCACGCCGACGAGGCGCUGGCCAAGCAGGCGGUGCGUGGGCUGGUCUUGCUGGCCCCUGCCGCGCUCGAGGACGACGCGGCUGCCGGUCGGCUGCCCACCACGCUGUGGCUGGCAAAGCGUGCGCCCAGCGGCCUGGCGCGCGCGGGGCUGCUUGCUGUCGCUGGCAGCUCGGUGGCGACGUCCGAUGAGGUCGAGGCCGACGAGGGCGGCGGCGUGGAGGAGGACAGCAACGCCGAGGCCGAGGCCAAGGCCGUGUCCGGCGCCGAGGCGGCCUCCAGCGACGACGAGGGCGAGGAGAACGGCGACGCGCAUGGCGGCUCGGCUGCCGCCGGCACGGCACGACCCGGCGACGGCUACACGAGCCUGGCGGCGCUGCUGCGUGGCGUGGCGGCGCUGGCCGACGACCGCGCGUUCACGCGCGCGACGGCGCGGCAGGCCGCACUGCGCUGCCUUGCGGCGGUGGCCUCGCGCCUGGGCGCCGAGGGCGUGCUCCCUUUCCUCCCCAUCCUACUGCGCCCGCUGGCCCGCAUCACGGAGCCGGGGGCGACGGGGGACGGGGAGGAGACAGUCGGCCUGGCGCGGGAGGUGCUGGACCACCUGCGAGCGCUGGUGGGCGCCGAGCGGAUGCUCCUGGCGCACGCCGCUGCGCGCGCCGGGCUGGCGCGGCAACGCGCACAGCGCCGCGCGGCAGACGCGAGGAGGAACCUGGUGGACCCGGAGGCGGCGGCGCAGAUGCGCAUCAGCAAGCAGCGCAGGAAGAAGUCAGGGCGCGCCAAGGUUGUUGAGGAGCAGCGACGCCACCGCCAGGCCGGACACUCCAAGCGUGGCGGCCGCGGCGGGGUCGCCAAGCUCGGCGGCCGCGGCGGGCGGCGGUGA